CAAUGCUGAUGGCGGAGAAGACUCGGACUGCGGGGUACGCCAUGCGGAGAGAUUUUGGAGUCGGCUUCGCAGAACGGCUUCCUAGGGGCCUUUGAAGAGCGAUGUGAUUGGCCAAUAAUGCGCGGCAGCCCCACGAAGGAGACGGCUGGCUGAUGCUCCAGAGGGUCACUUGCGGGUCCUGGAGUUUGUCGGAAAGACGCUCAUCACCAGCUUGUCUUUGGGACUGCUGGGAUUGGUUGAGGACUGGGAGCUCAAACAUAAAGAAGCUGAGACGAGCCGGUUGAGAGUAUUAGACAGACGCGUCGCCCGGUUUGGAUAACAUCCAAGUUGUCAAGUUGAGCUGGUUACGUCAAGAAGUGCUCUUUCCGUUUGCGCGACAGCUCCUCCUCUUCAAGUGCGCCUGUAUCCUUCUUUCUUUUUUACUUUCUAGACGACUUUCACGAUGAUUUUCGACGUGUUCCUCACGCCAUAUACGCUCCUCUUCCUUCCAGUCCUAUACUACGCUUUGCCUUAUAUCCGCAAUUGGCAAAUCAAGGACGUCCCUGGACCGUUCCCCGCAGCCUUCACAAACCUCUGGCUUCUUCUCCAGGCUCGUAAAGGACGCCGCUAUCUGUCCGUAGACAAUGCGCACAAGAAGUAUGGGCAGAUGGUCAGGAUCCAACCAAAUCAUAUUAGCAUCGCAGACGCCGAUGCGAUCCCAGUAAUCUACGGUCACGGCAAUGGAAUGCUGAAGAGCGAUUACUACGACGCCUUCGUCUCCAUCCGCCGCGGUCUCUUCAACACCCGCGACCGCGUCGAGCACACCCGCAAGCGCAAGACUGUCUCGCACACCUUCUCAGCCAAGUCGGUGCUCCAGUUCGAACAGUACAUCCACCACAACCUAGAGGAGCUGCAGAAGCAAUGGGAUAAGCGUGCUGCCUCCAAGCAGGGCGGUUGGUACCAGAUGGACGCUCUGAACUGGUUUAACUACCUAGCUUUCGACGUCAUUGGGGAUCUAGCUUUUGGUGCGCCAUUCGGUAUGCUUGAGAAGGGUAGGGAUGUUGCUGAGGUUAGGAAGACGCCGGAUUCUGAGCCUACAUUUGCGCCCGCCAUCGAGGUCUUGAAUCGUAGGGGUGAGGUCUCUGGAACAGUUGGCAUUCUCCCUCAGAUCAAGCCUUACGCAAAGUAUUUUCCCGACCCCUUCUUCAGUCAGGGAAUGAAGGCCAUCGAGAACCUUGCCGGUAUCGCCGUAGCCCGCGUGAACGAGCGCCUUGCCCGACCUGACACUGAACGUGUCGAUCUCCUCGCGCGUCUCAUGGAAGGUCGUGACGAGAAAGGUGAGAAGCUCGGCCGCGAAGAGCUCACCGCCGAAGCACUCACCCAGCUCAUCGCUGGCUCAGACACCACUUCGAACACAUCCUGCGCGCUGCUCUUCCACUGCCUGCAGAACCCCGAAGUCGUGCGCAAGCUGCAACGGGAGCUCGACGAGGCGAUUCCCAGCGACGACGUCCCAACAUAUGCCGCGGUCAAGGAUCUGCAGUACGUCGACAACGUUAUCAAGGAGACUAUGCGCAUCCACAGCACAUCGUCGCUCGGUCUGCCGCGCUUGAUUCCCCCGGGUCCCGGUUUGACUAUGAACGGCCGCCACUUUCCCCAGGGCACCGUGCUCUCCGUUCCUGCGUACACGAUCCACCACUCGAAGGAGAUCUGGGGUCCGGAUGCGGAAACAUUCAGGCCCGAGCGCUGGGAAAAGGUCACUGAGAAGCAGAAGGCUGCGUUUAUCCCUUUCAGCUAUGGACCGAGGGCUUGUGUUGGCAGAAAUAUUGCGGAGAUGGAAUUGGCGCUCAUCGUGGCCACUGUGUUUAAGAGAUACGAGUUUGAGCUGAGGCAGGGUGAGAUGCAGACUAGAGAGGGUUUCUUGAGGAAGCCGUUGGGUCUUGAAGUUGGUAUGCGCAGGAGGCAGAAGUAAAUUCGUGGACUGACGUUUGGACACGUGGGGCUGGAGGUAUUCAGAAAUCAGAUGCCUUUCUUAAAAAUGAAUUUGGAUUAUCGUGGCGUCACGAAUGCAUUUGCAUCUCGAGCCACCUGCA